AUGUCUCCGGCGAAUAGCAAUCAGCUGCCGCCACCGGCCGCCACCGUCAGUAGUGGUGAUUCUGGAGAAAUUAUGUUGUUUGGUGUCAGAGUAAAAGUUGACCCCAUGAGGAAGAGCGUCAGCAUGAAUAAUCUUUCUGAUUAUGAGCCAAUUGUUAGUAAUAGCAAUCAUAAAAUCAAUAAGAGCAAUGAGAACUCGAACGCGACGGUGGAGGAUGGCGUCGCCACCACCUGUUAUGCUUCAGCUGAUGACGCCGCGCCGCAGCCUACUGGCGGGAGAUGUGAGCGUAAACGAGGAGUGCCGUGGACAGAGGGAGAACACAAGCUUUUCCUCCUUGGACUACAGAAGGUAGGAAAAGGAGACUGGAGGGGUAUCUCUAGAAAUUAUGUCAAGACUCGUACGCCAACCCAAGUUGCCAGCCAUGCCCAAAAAUACUUUCUCCGCUGGAGUAACCUCAAUCGACGUCGCCGUCGUUCUAGCCUAUUCGACAUCACCACUGACUCGGUUACUGCAAUGCAGAUUGAAGAGUCCAAAAGCCAUCAGGAUAGAACAUCCCAGUCAGUUCUGCAGCUAAUCUCUCUCCCUCGGCUGGAAAGUUCCAACAUCUGUGGAUACCCAUUCGCGCCUUUCUCGAUGACCAUUGGCCAGGAUCGGGAUCAGUCAUCUUCAACAGGGCACUCGGCAUUCCGUGUGAUGUCAAACUUCAGAAAUGGAGAUAGCAGCAUCGUUAGUGUUUCUUGA